AAAGAGACAGAUAAGACGUAUUGCAUAACAGCGUAUAUAAAAGAGGCCGCAGCAGCAGAGGAACCCUGUUUUUGCUUCUUCUUCAAUUAAGUCUUUACUUAAUUUUGUUUUCUCGAGGACGACAAACGGGGUGGCUUCGUGGCGGAGGAUGUCUGAUAAGAUGGACAGCUUUGAUUUGUCACCGUCUGAUUCUGAAGAAGUUCAUGUUCUGGCCGUUGAUGAUAGCUUCGUUGACCGAAAAGUCAUCGAGAGGUUGCUAACAAUUUCUUCUUGUAAAGUUACUGCAGUGGAUAGUGGACGGAGAGCUCUGCAGUACCUUGGAUUAGAUGAAGAAAAAAGCACUGAUAGCUUUGAUGGAUUAAAGGUGGAUCUGAUCAUCACAGAUUACUGUAUGCCGGGAAUGACAGGGUACGAAUUACUUAAGAAAAUCAAGGAAUCAUCAACUUUCAGAGAGAUUCCAGUCGUGAUUAUGUCGUCGGAAAACAUCUUGGCGCGCAUAGACAGAUGUUUGGAAGAGGGUGCAGAGGACUUUAUUGUAAAGCCGGUGAAAUUAUCAGAUGUGAAACGUAUAAAAGAUUUCAUGACGAGAGACGUUAAAUUGGGAAAUGAAAAAAGCGCUGGCAAUAAGAGGAAACUUCAGGAGAGCUCUGAUCUGUCUUCAUCUCCACCGUCAGACCUUUCAUCAGUACUCUCAUCACCACAUUCAUCACCAUUACAGUCAACGUCUUCGUCUCCGUCUCCAUCUCCGUCACCUUCAAUUUUUUCAUCAUCAGAACCCUGUUCUCCUUCAUCCACGUUAGACUCUCCCACAAGACGGCUUAAAAUGACGCUCUCUGAUUAGAUCCCUGCUAUAUAUAUAUAUAUAUAUUUACCGUACAAUUACUAGUCCUACAAUCUCUACAAUUAUCCGUUACUUAAACAGUUUUUGUUGCUUCACCGCCUCUUUCCUUUUCUUUUUGUAAGGCCAUUUUACCUAUUCUGUUUGUUUGUAUGAUAAACGAUCACAAUUUUUAAUACUAAUUAACUUAUCAUCAAAGUAUGAAAUCAAA